AUGUCCAGGGAUAGCUUCACGAGGAAUCCACAGCCGCCUCUAGGAUUCCCUCUCGCGUACGCGGUCGAAACGGACGUGACGUGCACCGAAGUGAUCGUGAAUCGGUUCCCCUUCCUCCGCCCAUUGGCGAGGCUGUUGGUGCCGGGAGCCGCCGGCCAUGGGAAGCGGCAUUCAGGGGAUCGCCGGGCAUCGAUCCAUGCCGUCACUCGCCUGAAGAUCAACGACGGUUCCUGCAUUCGAAAUCUCCAGGUUCGCCUGAUAGAGCACGAUUUUCCUCCUCCCCCUCCUCUUCCUCGGACAUUCAAUGGAUUCGUUCCAUGGAACAGCCUGUGUAUUCGGAUUUUUUCUUUUCCUUCUGCUUGUCUGAAGGGAUUCGAAGGCACAACACCCUCGAAUGAGAGGUCCCAUGGAGCUCUCUCUCUCUCUCUCUCUGUUCAACUUCUGAAGGACGUUGACAUUUUUCAGGUUCUGGUUGACCCCGGAUUGCCUGAUGCUGGUCAACUCACCGUCGGGGCUUCCAUUCUGGUUGAAGGCGUCCUGAGGCUGUCGACGCCGGGAAAAGGUGUCAUAGAGCUCGUAGCAGAGAAAGUUCUUCAUCUCGGGGUCUCCGAUCCCGAUAAGUAUCCCUUCGGAAGGCAGAGGCUGUCCCCGGAAUCUUCUAGGCGAUACCCACAUUUUCGUGCUAGAACAACGACGGUACUAGCCAUAAACAUAGACCAUGUUCUACCCUCUUGCUUUCUUCGCAGUGUGAGGUCAACGGAGAGUCUGCUGCCAGCCCAUUAUCCUGUUAUUCAUAUACAUAUAUAUAUUAUUUUAAUAAUUAUUAUUAUUUUGUUCUUGUAGGUUGCAUUGAUUACCCGCAUUCGCAAUAGUCUGUCUUCUGCAACCAGCACCUUCUUCCAGAAAAAUGGCUUUUUUAACGUGCAGAUGCCCGUCAUCACCUCUUCUUGCCCCAACAGUCUUGAGAGGUUCCAGGCUACAACACUUUUCGAUGGCGGCUCAAACAUGUGCAGAGAUAUGCGCCGAGCAGGUGAGGAAUCGGCGGUCAACCUCGAUGUGGUGAGGUCUGCGAUCCAUGAGAAGACGAGGAGGAUCGAAGAACUUAAGAGGAGCAACAGCAACGUGGAAGUUCUGAAUUCCGCUCUUCAAGAUCUUGAGAGGGCGAAUGAGCUUGCUCGUCAGCUGGAAACCCAGCAGAAGUCAGCUUCUGGUGGAAGGGUUGACUUCUCCAAGGAUUUCUUUUCUCAGCCGGCAUACUUGUCAACGUCCGCCGCCCUUCAUCUCGAGAGCUAUGCAUGCGCCCUCUGUAAUGUCUACACGUUUGGGCCAGUAUUUCAAGCGAAAGCGCCGAAAUCUACGACUUUUCUGGCCGAGAUGUGGAUGGUUGAGGUCGAGCUGGCCUUUUCAGAGCUCGAGGUAUGUGAUUGACUUUAUUUUCCGGUCUCGAGCCUAUGAAUAUCUGCUCAUCAUGCAUCAUUUAGUCAACGGCCCAUUGUCAGACUUGUCCACGCCUGAAAAUAUAGCGGAAAGGACACUCACUCACAAUCGGUAAGAAUCACCAGAAGUCAACGAAUCAGUAAGAAUCGGCAGGCUCUCCUUGUGAUUCUCCUGCUUCAUGAGCUUUUGAGAAAUAUCAUAAGUCAACCAUUCUUGGUCAGUCAAAGUGGGAGCAUGCUGAUGUACUUUAUAGUGAUGCAUUCUAUAUGGUCUUUUCUGCAAGAUUAUAUAUAUAUAUAUAAUAUUUAUUUAUUUAUUUAUUUUUGGGGGGGCCCAUGAUCAAAAACUCUUCAUAUUUUUUUCAUCUGGCAGAAUGCGAUGGACUGUGCCGAAGACUACUUGAAAUUUCUGUGCCAGUCCGUCUUGGAGAGCUGUCUAGAUGAGAUGAACUUCGUCACGAAAGAGAUAGACAAGGGAUGCGCAGAUCAACUUCAGCUGGCAGCUUCCACUCCUUUUCAGAGGAUAACCUACACAGACGCCGUGGAGGCGCUGAAGAAGGUAGGAAAGAAAAAGUCUCCUUUCCCUGAUCAUAUCUAUGGCGCUGACUUCUUGUUUCGACCGCCACGCCGCCGCGGGUUGACCUGGCUCUCAAUGUCAAACAACGAGCAGGAGGAGACCCGGUUCGAAACCGAAAUCCAGUGGGGCGCUGACUUGUCCCGCGAGCAGGAAAGGUGCGUUGACCUCCAGCUGUAGUCUCACAGAAUGAUGAUGAUGGGGGGUUGACUGAGCGUUUCCUCGUGGAUGCUGGCAGCUAUCUGGUUGAGGAGAUGUACAAGUGCCCGGUCAUACUCUACAAUCAUCCCAAGGAGCUGCGACCAUUUUACGCCCGCCUGAGAGAUGACGGCAGGACGGUCUCCUCCUUCGACAUCAUAAUGCCCAAGGUAAGUGAGAGAGAGAGAGAGAGAGAGCUCGGAAGAACUCCGACAACUCCAUUAAUGGCGAUGACCAGACCUCAGUUGGUGUUCUCUUCUCUCUGAUUUCGUCCUCAGGUCGGGGUGCUGGUCAGAGGAUGCCAGAAGGAAGAGCGCCUCGACGUCCUCAACAAGAGGUAAGUGGGGCGAUUCCUCCAUGGAUCAUCAUAUCAUCAGGAAGAAGACAGGCAGAGAGAGAGAGAUCGGUUGAAUCUGAAUAUCAGGAAAUCAGAUCUGGAUCUGGAGAAGGCUCAUAACCUCAGGAUCGGAGAUCGUCACGGCCAAUUGAUUUCUGAUCUCCUCUCUCUCUCUCUCGCGAUCUAUGCAGGAUGGAGGCGAUGGGGCUGGCUCGGGAGCAGUACGGGUGGUACCUGGAGCUCCGCCAGCACGGGACCGUCCGCCACUCGGGCUUCGGCGUUGCGUUCGAGGGGAUGGCCAUGCUCGUCACCGGCGUCGAGGAUGCUUCAGACGUGAUCCCCUUCCCCAGGACCUCCGGGAAGACGACGACCCCGUAA